AUUAAAAAAAUAAAAUUAAAAAUAAUUUUAAUUCAGCCUGGAAUCACAUAUAAAAUGAGACGAUUGGAAUAUUAAUUUCAAAUAUACUGAAUUUAACUAUCCGUCGGCGGUGGCAAUCAUAAUGGCUACCCGUUUUCUGUUGAAAUUCCCGCCCAAACACAAAAGAAAGAAACGCGAUACUGAUCACGGCGAAGAGAAGGAAAACCCGCCGGCCGCCGGCCGGGAGGGAAAAUCUUGGCCCAGAAGGGAUAGCGAUGCUCAUGGGGUAGUUGAUUUGUAGGGGAUGGGAUGUGUUUGAUAAAAUUCCCAGCAGAGUUUCUUCUUCACUGGCUGGAAAUCUACCGAAAAUUCCAUCUCUUAAUGAUACGAUAACUGGAAAAGCAGUUGUUUCGUUGGGAGCUUUGAAAUGGCAGUGUAUAUUUUGGUGGGUUUUGCUAUUCUUGACCUGAACGAGCAGAUGGCUCUUGAUUAAAUUGUCUAUUAAUUCUUUCUUCUAAAUAUAGUGCUUGAGUGCUUAAUUAGAUCAUAAGUUGAAGGCUUAUGUGAUGGUUCACCAGAUCAUAAAGAAAAAGAUAAUGAUAUGAUUACAAACCAUGCCCGUGCUCUUCAUACUGCUUCAAUGAAGGAUUUAUUUCUGAGUAAAUGAUGAAAAGAUAAAGAGACCAGAGAAUUAGAUAUGGCUUUACUAAUGAAAUAUGCGAUAGAUUUGCGGCUGUUGGUUUUCAUGCCAACAUGAUAACAUACCUGACAGAGGUGCUAAAUUUGCCUCUUGUUAAGGCAUCUAAUACCCUUACCAACUUUGGUGGAACCUCCAAUUUCAUGCCGCUUGUUGGUGCUCUAAUUGCUGAUUCUUUUGCUGGCCGAUUUUGGACUAUCAUUGUUGGAUCUAUCAUUUAUGUGUUGGGAAUGGUAAGUAUCACUACCUCGGCAAUCAUGCCACAGCUCCGUCCUCCACCAUGCCCCACCAAGAAGAACUGCACGGAAGCUUCAAACCUGCAGCUCUGGGUUCUCUAUAUCUGUCUACUCCUGACAUCUAUUGGUUCGGGAGGCAUUCGGCCUUGUGUUAUUACUUUUGCUGCUGAUCAGAUUGACAUGACAAAGGCAAAAGUAGAGGGUCGUAAAUGGAACUUCUAUAAUUGGUAUUAUUUCUGCAUGGGAUUGGCCACAUUAACCUCUCUGACGGUUAUUGUUUAUAUCCAAGAUAAUGUCAGUUGGGCUUGGGGUCUAGGAAUUCCAACCAUUGCUAUGGGGUUAUCAGUUGUUGCUUUUGUUUUAGGAUCCCCUCUUUACAGAAAAGUAAAACCUGGAGGAAGUCCAUUGAUAAGAUUGGCACAGGUAAUUGUUGCAUCUGUGAAGAAGAGGAAUGUUGCCAUACCUGCUGAUUCUAGUCACCUAUAUGAAAAUAAAGAACUCGAUGCUGCAAUCUCAUCCAAUGGGAGGCUUCUGCAUACUGAUCAGUUCAAGUUUAUUGACCGAGCAGCUGUGGUUGAUGAUUCUGACAUGAGAGAAUCUAACCAGCCAAAGCUGUGGAGGCUUGCUACAGUGCAUAGAGUGGAGGAACUGAAGUGCAUUCUCAGGAUGGUACCUGUUUGGGCCGCGGGAAUAUUGCUCAUCACUUCAUAUUCACAUGUUGGCAGCUUUACUAUCCAACAAGCACGCAGUAUGGAUCGUCACCUGUCCCAAUCCCAUUCCUUCCAAAUUCCUCCAGCCACCAUGUCUGUCUUUACUGUCUUGACUGUGCUUAUUGGCCUCGCUCUCUAUGAGCGUGUUUUUGUACCUUUUAUUCGCAGAUUCACUGGAAAUCCUGCAGGCAUUACAUGCCUACAGAGAAUGGGUAUAGGGUUUGCAGUUAACAUCCUUGCCACCAUUGUGUCAGCUCUCAUUGAGAUCAAGCGAAAAGCAGUUGCUGAACGUUAUAACCUACUUGAUGAACCCGCUGCCAUCAUACCUAUUAGUGUGUUCUGGUUAAUUCCCCAGUAUUGCCUCCAUGGAAUAGCUGAAGUUUUCAUGUCAGUUGGGCACCUUGAGUUUCUCAUUGAGCAAUCCCCAGAAAGCAUGAGAAGCACUGCAGCUGCGCUGAACUCAUUAACUUCUUCAAUCGGAAGUUACAUGGGCACCCUUGUGGUAUCUUUAGUGCACAGCUAUACCGGCAGGGGCCAAGAAGGGAACUGGCUACCAGACCGGAAUCUGAAUAGGGGAAAGUUGGAAAACUACUACUGGCUCAUAACAGGUAUACAGGCACUAAAUCUCGUGUACUAUGUCACGUGUGCCCGGUUUUAUAGAUACAAACCUGUGGAAGAAGUUACUGCCAGUGAGGAAAGCGACGUGGAGUUAGCAAAGGAUAAAAUUCCAUUGGAUUCAGUAAAGGGAGCUACAGGUGAUGACAAAGUAGUAGAACUAUCAAGAAAUGGUAAAUAUUCUAUGUAAUAAUGUAUCCAUUUGCAGCAAUGUAAUAGCUAGCAGUAACAUAGUCAUCAAUCAGAUGAUAUUAUCUAAUAGAACAGAAUAGCAGCUUUUGUAUACAUUUCCAAUUAGUUGUUGGAAGUUGCUUAAAGCCAUAGCUGCUACAUGAUUAUGACUAUUAUAGUAUUAUUAUGGAGUAAUAGAAUGAUAAUCUUCUCCUUUUAUA